AUGACGAUGGAGUUGUUAACUUCAUUUCCGAACUUUCUAUCGGUAUCAUCAAAGCCUCACGCAAGUACGAAGAAAGGGAAAGGACGAAUUGCAGCUAGGCGUGAGGCGGAGAAGGAAGUCUAUGGUGUUGGGGAAUUUUUUGCAGGAGGAUCACGGGUUGGCGGCGGACGAGAGGGGACAGUUAGGCAUAGAAAGUCCUUUCAGUUCCAUUUUCCCUGCCAUCUUCACCACCCGGUACCAGCAUCAAGGUUACGAUCCACGUUAUUCUCACUUCUGAAGGAAAAAACUACACCAAAUAUGCUUUUAUGGCGGUACUCGCUCCGUUUCCAUGGUUGCUUGGUGACAAUUCACACCAAUUUGGUAACUUAUAAUGGUCGUGGUUAUCCUUCAUAA